AUGAAGAUAUAUUUUCUCCCCGCGGCAGUUCUCCUCUGGUGGGCAAAUACAGCACACGCUGCUUGCACUACUAGUCUAUUGGUUGAUGAUUAUUCCAACUAUGCGAACAACCUUAAUUCUUUGGGCCAAUAUACAAGCGACGAUGGGACCACGACCAACCUCAAAGCCAAUGCCGCGAACAAGAUCAUUGCUUUUUCUACUACCUCUUCGAGCUACUUCUAUACGACCUUCAACUGCGAGAAAGCGACGACAGACGGGUACAAUGCAAUUACAGUUCCAAUUAAGGGUCCUUCGGGUGCAAAAUUUACAGUUGAGCUGCAGACCUCAAGUUCUUGUACAGCAACAGCAUAUAAUAGCCACUUCGCAACUUUUACUGGCGUUACUGGAACCAGCAAAUUGUAUACCAUCCCAUUGAGCGCUUUUACGGGAGCAAAUCUGAAUGCUAUACGAGGUUUGGUAUUCGAAUCCUUCAGCAUCAAUGGAGCCUGGGAGAUUGGUCAGAUACAGUUGUCGUGUACAAGUAGUUCGAGCGGCAUGUCCACUGUAACAACAAGCAUUCCUUCUCCGUCAACCACACUGCCUACCAAGCCUAUCACAACCACACCUGGAAACCCGGGGUCCUGCACAAACCUCUUAGUCGAUGACUUUGCUUCCCAAUCCCGGUUGACGUUUCUUUUCUACAACGCCAUGUUGCAAUCAACCUCUGAUGAUGGCACGAUGGCACCUAUCCCUGACAGACCUGAUACCAGUACCUCUGUGAUAGUUGCAAAUAACCAUCUCACCUUGACGCCUGCCAGUGGGUCUUCAUAUUGGUAUACGAUGCUUGGCUGCACCAAGGCUACCAAUGUCUAUGGCGGCAUUGGGAUGACGAUCCAGGCACCCAAGGGAACGACAUUGACCGUUGAACUACAAACAUCGACGACUUGUUCCUCGGACAAUCCAACACUCAAUGAUCUUCUAUCGACCGAUCUAGGAUGGACUUUUGAUGGAACCGAGAAAUACUAUACUAUUCCGUUUUCCAAAUUUCCUGGGCUCGACACUGAUCAUAUCCUGACACUCCUUUUCUCGGGAAUCAGCAAGCCGAUCACACUUGGGCCAAUUGCCUUUUAUUGUGGGACCACCGGUACUGCAUAUCCAGUACCUACCACUGUCCCUGUGGUCGAACCAACCGCUACUGUGCCAGCAACUACGGGACCAUCAGCUUUUAUCAUCGACACUUUUGGUAAUGCAGAUUCAAACAACCUCGGUUUUUAUCAUGGAGGUGACGAUGCCACGGCGUUCAAACAGUCCAGUGGAAAGAUAACAAUCAACACCAAGGGCAACUCGGACCUGUCCUGGUAUACUCAAAUAUCAAAUGGAUGCAGCGACUUUACAUCAAAUGACAAGAGCUACUUGCACAUCGCAUAUACAGGGAGCAACGCAUUCACAGUAGCGCUCCAGCAACAUAACCCAACUUGUAAUGAAAGCAUGAGUCCGUACCCAUAUACCUGGGAUUCGGUCGAAGCAUCACGAUAUUCCAACAGUGCGAAGACAGAUAUCUACGUUCCGAUUUCCCACUUCAAUAUUGAUCGGACCAAGUCCGUUGGCUUUGCACUCAAAGGUUUCUAUACCAGCACGUCGACAGUAGUCUCGAAGAUUGAAAUUGUCAAGACCGUCCCAGGCGGCUUUUUGGUCCCCAGCAAACUCAGCACUGCACCAUUUAUCUUCGCCUGUACACGCCCCAAUUCUUUCGCCUUCGCCAUUGACGAUGGGGACCCACAAUAUGCCCAGCGGGUUGUAUCUACAGUCGCUGCGGCUGGCAUCAAAGUGACUUUUUUCACUGUGGGCGCUGCGCUGCUUGACACAAGCACAAAUUUAACCAACGUUUACAAAGGCAUGCUCGCACAAGGGCACCAAGUAGCCUAUCACUCUUAUACCCACCCACCUUUGGAAGGACUCCCGUCCCUCGCCGCCAUCGACUGGGAAAUCAACAACGAUAUUGCAGCAGUCUCUCAAACCCUAGGCAUUACCUCAAAUUACUUCCGGCCACCCUUUGGCACCGAAGGCGCGCGUAUCCGCCAACGUCUCGCGGCUACUAUUCCCCAAGCCAAAUUCGUGGGAUGGAGUGUCGAUGUGCAGGAUUGGCUAUGGGCGUUGAGUCCCACCCCUGAGAAGCAGCUGGAGAACUUCCAGAGUGAUGUUAAUAAGGGGGGAAAUCUGGUGGUGAUGCAUUAUUUAUAUGAUAGCACGGUGAACUACCUGCCACAAUUCAUACAAAUUGCUCGGGCAACAGGGAAGCAGUUAAUGAGGGUUGAUCAGUGUCUGGAGGACCCGAAUGCGCCCCCCUUGUGA